ACGUGCCAGCUCCAACGCUGCGGGUGUGUGUACGUAUGUGGGUUGCCGACUGAUUCAUAACAAAAUUGUGCAAAUACCAAAUAAUUACAUUACCAAUAAUUUAUAAGAACUUCCACGCAACAUGGCCGCCACUCUAAAGCCCUAUUUAACAGCCGUUCGGCAUUCGUUGACCGCCGCGAUGUGCCUGCAGGACUUUCCUUCCCAGGUAGUGGAGCGUCACAACAAGCCCGAGGUGGAGAUCUGCUCGAGCAAGGAAUUGGUGUUAACGCCCAUUGUGGUGUCUCGCAAUGAGCGCGAAAAGGUGCUUAUUGAGCCGUCUAUCAACUCGGUGCGUGUGAGCAUUGCGGUGAAGCAGGCGGACGAGAUUGAGCGGAUUUUGUGCCACAAAUUCACGCGUUUUAUGAUGCGACGCGCCGAAUCAUUCAUCAUAUUGCGUCGCAAACCCAUCGAGGGAUAUGACAUUAGCUUCCUAAUCACCAACUUCCAUACGGAGCAGAUGUACAAGCACAAGCUGGUCGACUUUGUCAUCAGUUUCAUGGAGGAGAUCGACAAGGAGAUUAGCGAAAUGAAGCUGGCGGUGAAUGCACGCGCCCGCACCUGUGCAGAGGAGUUCCUCAAGCGUUUCUAAGCAGUCGCAAAGCAAGCGCACCGUACCGGGUUCCGGAUGAAAGUAUUUAGCAAUUGGUUCAAUAAAUGUUCAAUUUUUGUAUUUUAAACCUAA